CCAAAAUGUUUUCCUUUUUUCCUUUUACACACUAAUAAAUGAUGACCAAUGUAACGCCUUUCUUGAUAGUAAUAGGUGUUUUACAAACAAAUAUAUACGUUUUUUUAUUUCUUUUUUUUCAGGCUUGCACUUUGGGGCUCCCAGUUUUGCUCACACAUCGCUUUCGUUGUCUUCAAUGCAUUUACAGCGCAGAUUUUGAAGACCCAUUUCGUUUCAUUUCUUUAAUGACGCGAUGAUGCUCUGUUUCGGCUAUGGCCCUUGUUGAAAAAGUUGGAAUUUGGCUAUUUAUGGUAUGGAAUUGUAUAUCGUUUCUCUGUUUAAGCUUCUGUUUCAUGUAAUUCUGUGUACAUGGGAAAACAGCAGAAGUUAAGAUGGUAAAAAAGAUGGAGACUUUCGUCAUAAAUCUCAAGAAAGUGUAAGAUUAUGGUGUGUGGAGAAGGCUCUCAUUGUGUUUUCUGUCACAAGUUUGCAUCUUUUUAGGGCAUUUGGGCUCUUUUUGCCUUUCUCCUUUAUGGGGGGAUUCUCUUUUUCGAUUAGAGUCGUUUUCUCUUGACUGAUGUUUUUAACCUUUAACCUUUAUAACCUUGUACAUAAAUUGUUAGUGUCCAAUUUGUGUAGUUUUUGUGUAUAGUGGCUAGGAUGGGACCGUUUAGGCUCUAUUUGGUUUGUAUUUGUAUCAUCUCGGCCUUGGGGCAGCUUCACUCACAAGAUAUUAUGGCUUUGCUUGAAUUCAAGAAAGCAAUCGAGCACGACCCGAAUGAUUUCGUGCUCGGUUCUUGGAAUGACGAGUCCAUCGAUUUUAACGGUUGCCCCUCGUCUUGGAACGGUAUCAUAUGCAAUGGGGAAAAUGUUGCAGCUAUUGUUCUUGAUGAUUUGGGAUUAUUUGCCACCGUUGAUUUGAACAUGUUUGCAAAUCUAACCAAGCUUGCAAAACUCUCGAUUUCCAACAAUUCAAUUUCCGGGAGGUUACCCGACAAUCUAGGCGAAUUCAAGAGCCUCGAGUAUUUGGAUAUUUCGAACAACUUGUUUUCGUCACAACUUACUCAAAACAUGGGCAAAUUGGUCCACUUAAAGAAUCUUUCACUGGCCGGAAAUAAUUUUUCCGGUCAAAUCCCGGAUACAAUUUCAGGGCUUGCCUCUAUACGUUCAUUGGACAUGAGCCGUAAUUCUCUUUCUGGGCCGUUACCAUUGUCCUUGACGAAAUUGAGAGGAUUAGUGUAUCUUAAUCUCUCGAUGAACGCUUUUAACCAAAGCAUACCGAGAGGUUUUGAGCUCCUGCCGAAACUCGACGUUCUUGAUUUGCACGGCAAUGAACUCGAUGGCGAGUUUGAUCCGCAAUUUUUGCUGCUCACUACAGCUAGUUAUGUCGAUCUUAGUGGGAAUUUGCUUGUGAGUUCGUCUAGAGAGAAGCGGGAAAGUUUUCUGGUGGGUAUUUCGCCUUCGGUUAAUUAUUUAAAUCUCAGCCAUUGCGAGUUAACUGGAUCGAUUAUGGGUGGUGGUGGUGAGGCUGAGGCUUUUGGGAGCUUAAAAGUUCUUGAUUUGAGCUACAAUCAGCUCUUUGGCGAGUUGCCCGGUUUUAGUUUUGUUUAUGAUCUUCAAGUUCUGAGGCUUUGUAACAACAGAUUUUCGGGUUACGUUCCUAAUAACCUUCUGAAAGGAGGUUCUUUGGUUCUGACCGAGUUGGACUUAAGUGGCAAUAAUCUUUCAGGUCCCAUAACUACAAUUACAUCAACAACUUUGCACACACUUAAUCUCUCCUCAAACGUGCUUUCUGGCGAACUUCCAGCAUUGACGGGAGGUUGUGCAGUGAUUGACCUCUCGAGUAACCAAUUCGAAGGAAAUUUAACUCGUCUGCUAAAAUGGGGGAAUGUGCAAAUUCUUGAUUUAAGCCGAAACCGGUUAACAGGUCCAAUUCCCGAAGAAACUGCUCAGUUUUUGCGCUUAAAUUAUCUCAACUUAUCUGGAAAUUCACUGAUCGGUCCUCUUCCUGAAGUGAUGAUGACAUCAUUUCCAAAACUCUCGGUUCUCGAUCUCAGUUUCAACCGAUUGGAUGGACCUCUUUUGACCAAUCUCUUCACACGGUCAACUCUUGAAGAGCUUCACCUACAGAGCAACCGAUUUUCGGGAAGUGUCAAUUUUUCACCUUCCUCUGCUGGAGAUUUUUUAAAUCUUCGAGUUCUUGAUCUUUCUGACAAUCGCCUCAACGGCUCUUUGCCUUAUUCGAUUUGUAACAUGACUGCCUUGAAUUCGUUAUACAUUUCUCGAAAUAAUUUCACAGGCCCGAUUCCUAACAACUUAUCCGACACUCUCGAAAGCUUUAACGUCUCGUUUAACGAUCUUUCCGGUUUUGUCCCGGUAAAUUUGAGAAAAUUUCCUCUAUCUUCUUUCUAUCCAGGUAAUUCUCAGCUUCAGUUCCCUAAUCCUCCACCUGGCGGCUCGAAUAAUGCUCCAUCUCGAAAUGCAAGAAAAAAACACACAAGAACUAUCAUCAUCAUAAUCUUAACUACAGUUGCUUGUGUGCUACUUGCACUGAUCAUUUUGAUCUUUCUUGCCGUUUUCAUUCACCGAAAGCACAACAAACCACAAAAGCAGCCUUUGCCACUCGUAAUAACCAGCAAAGACCCGAACCCUCAACAAACCUCAACAAAUAAAUCUGAAGAGAAUCUCACGACAUCACAAAAGGGAUCGAAAAGGGAAAUAAUCAGUCCCGAUGAGAAAACAGCAGCUUUAACAGGCUUUUCCCCUUCAAAGACCAGUUUAUCAUGGUCACCCGAGUCAGCAGAUUCGAACACUACAGAAAAUAUCUCGAAAUUUGAUGUGGGGUCUCCUGAUCAGAUGGCUGGCGAGCUGAACUUUCUAGAUGAUACGCUUUCUUUCACGGCAGAAGAACUUUCGCGGGCCCCAGCUGAGGUGCUCGGGAGGAGCAGCCACGGGACUUCUUAUAAGGCGACUUUAGGAGAUGGACUUGUGCUGACUGUGAAGUGGCUGAGAGAAGGGGUCGCGAAGCAAAGAAAGGAAUUUGCUAAAGAAGCUAAGAGAUUUGCGAAUAUUCGACAUCCGAAUGUGGUUGGGGUUAGAGGAUAUUAUUGGGGCCCCACGCAGCACGAGAAGCUUAUUCUUUCGGACUACAUAUCUCCCGGGAGUCUUGCGAGUUUUCUUUAUGACCGGCCAGGACGAAAGGGAAUCUUGAGCUGGGCCCAACGUCUCAAAGUCUCGGUUGACGUGGCCCGAGGCCUCAACUACCUCCACUUCGAUCGAGCCGUCCCGCAUGGCAACCUCAAGUCCACCAACAUCCUCCUCGACGGGCCCCACCUCGAUGCCCGCGUGUCCGACAGCUGUCUCCACCGCCUCAUGACCUCGUCCGGCACAGCCGAGCAGAUUCUCGAUGCUGGGCUCCUUGGUUAUCGGGCCCCCGAGCUGGCGGCGGCCCGAAGGCCCGCGCCUUCGUUCAAGGCUGACGUGUACGCGUUCGGAGUGGUUCUGCUCGAGAUUCUCACGGGCAGGUGCGCGGGUGAUCAUGUGGUUGUGUCGGGUGAGGAUGGUUGUGGUGUUGACCUGGCGGAUUGGGUUCGGUUGAGGGUGGCUGAGGGUCGUGGGUCGACCUGCUUUGAUGCCAGCCUGGCGGCUGAGGUGGCAGGUGGGUCUGCGGCUGAUAGGGGAAUGAAGGAAGUGCUGAGUGUGGCGCUGAGGUGUAUUCGGUCGGUGUCUGAGAGGCCCGGGAUCAAGACUGUGUACGAGGAUUUGUCGUCGAUUUAGAUAUUUUUAUUAUUAUUUUUUUUUUUGGGGUGUGUUGUUGAUGAGGGUGGUUUUGGAGUGGCUGGACAGGGGAAAAAAUGGCUUGGUUUUGGUUUG